CGCCGGCGCCGUCAGCCGAGAGGAGGCUGAAUUGAUUUUCUUCUUCACCAACACGACGAUCCUCAUUAAAAUUCUCGGAGCCGGUCAAUCAAAAACCCUCUCUAAUCCUCUCUCUCUCAACCGCCAGCGGCAACCACCUGAAAAGACGCCAAAGAAUCAACUCUCUCAUAAAUCUCAAUCGGCGACCCACCAAAAAUCUCCCUCCGUUUCAUCAUACCCACAAGCCACAAGAGUCUCUGCACCUAACAGACCGCAAACUGAAGAACACCCAUCGCUCCAAAUUUUGGCUUGCGGCAGAUCUGGAGAAAAGAUAAAGGAAGAAUGAGAAUAGUAGGCUUGACAGGUGGGAUUUCGUCGGGGAAGAGCACUGUGUCCAACCUCUUCAAGGCCCAUGGCAUACCUAUAAUCGAUGCUGACCUCGUAGCUCGUGAUGUGGUGGAGAAAGGAACUGGUGGCUGGAAAAAGGUUGUUUCUGCUUUCGGAGAGGACAUUUUGCUACCUAAUGGUGACAUUGAUAGGCAAAAACUGGGCCGAAUCGUAUUUGCUGAUCCUGGAAAACGGAAACUUUUAAAUCAAUUAUUGGCUCCUUACAUAUCCUUUGGAAUCUUUUGGAAGAUUGUAAAGCUGUGGAUGAAAGGUUACAAGGUUAUAGUCCUUGAUAUCCCUUUGUUAUUUGAAGCCAAGAUGGAUAGAUGGACAAAGCCAACAAUUGUCGUGUGGGUGGAUCCUGAAACACAGCUUCGACGACUCAUUGCAAGAGAUGGACAGAGCGAAGACGAUGCUCGAAACAGAAUAAAUGCUCAAAUGGCAUUGGAUCUGAAAAGGGAUAAGGCAGACAUUGUGAUUGACAACACCGGAUCCCUCGAUGACUUGAAUGAACGGUUUCAGGAGGUGCUAACUGAGGUGACAAAACCCUUGUCUUGGAUUGAAUUCUUGUUUUCCAGACAGGGAGCAUUGUCGACUCUAGUUAUCGUCACUAUCGGUGCUAUCACUUGCAGAAAGUUUUACAACAAUGGAGUUUAGGUAUUUAUGGCCAUCCCUAUACUAAUCUGUUUAAAAGUUGUCUCCCAUUACGAUUACAAUAUAUGGCAUGAUUUGUGUUAUUGAUCUCGAUCAUAGAAUAACGUACUAGGAAGUAAUAUCUUUGUUGAUUCAGAUGAAGGUUGCUUAUAAUAAUUAGGAUGAACACAUCUGCAUCAACUGGGUUAAGCUUAAAUUUAAAGUCUCGUUUAUGGAACCACUCUUUUGGUCCUUAAAAGGGCAGUGUAUGGGAAAAUUUCCUAUGCUACUAUAGUAUUUGUAUUGCAUGACAUGCAUUGGUGAACUAUUUAUGAAGGAAAAUUUUGCAAUU